CAAGUGAAGAGAUCAGGCGUCCAAUCAGGGACUGGCAACCUGCAGCCCUGCCGAUAUGCCCCUGCACCAGAUUUCCGUAAUCCCCGCUCGGGAGACCGCCAGCAAUGGGAGAAGUUCAAUGGGCAGAAACAAAGAGAAGAGCAAGGAAGUCGAGAAUUUCAGAAAUUGAAAAAGGGAUAAGAGGAAGGAGAAAAUGCUGGGCUGGUGUGAAGCGAUAGCCCGUAACCCUCCCAGAAUCCCAACCAGCACGCGCACUCCCGAGCUCUCCGGGGAUCUGGCCGAUGUCUCAACGCUGAAUGACAAAUCCCCAGGCAGAUCUGCUAGUCGAUCAAGUAACAUUUCAAAAGCAAGCAGCCCGACCACAGGGACAGCUCCCAGGAGCCAGUCAAGGUUGUCUGUCUGCCCAUCCACUCAGGACAUCUGCAGAUCUGCCAUGUUGCAUGACAUGUCUGAAGAUACAGUUGAACACUGCACCCCUGUUGUGGUGCUGAGCCCUGCUAGGAAGGAGUCCGGUAGGGGAGCAGAGAAGCCUAGGAGGAGGAGGAGGAGGAGGAGAGCCUCGGAGAGAUACGAGCAUGCUGAAGAACAUAGAAAGGGGAGAAGAAAUGAUUUCAAUGUGCAGAGCUCAAGCCCCGAAUGGAGGGAGCGUUCCCCUGAGGAUUCAGAUUCCUCUUGCACCGAUGAGAGCCAUUGGAUCCAGGCCAAAAGGAGAGCUCAGGUUAAAUUCAGAGUCUCCCGAAGAAGACGGAGAGGCCACAAUAAACAAGGGGGAAACGUGGAUGGAUCAUCCACUCUGAAUAAAACAGAGCUUGUUGAUGUGGCAUCCAGAAGCCAAGCAUGCCAAGAGCUGAUAGAACGGGAGAGCUGCUGUUUAAAUCUCCGGGGAGGACAGGUCAUGAGGUACCAAGAAUACAGUACCUCCCUGGCCGCGGGACCCUUUGAGAUGGAUAGAUGCUCACCGAAUCCUGCCGAGCACAAAGGCAGAUCCCUCCGUGGAGACCUGCGGCUCCUGCCCACUCCUAGGUGGAGUGCAAGAUUCAAGAAGAGAUAUCCAGAAACAGGCACCCACACUGAAACCCUGGCAGUGACAGACGGUGGCAGGUGCGUGGGUGACAGAGGGCUCGAGGUGCACGGUUCGCUGCAGCAGCCUUCUGUGACCUGUGACGAUCAUUUAGAAGUGUGCAGGAUCUGUCACUGCGAGGGGGAUGAAGAGAGCCCCCUCAUCACGCCCUGCCGUUGCACGGGGACCCUGCGCUUCGUGCACCAGUCCUGCCUGCACCAGUGGAUCAAGAGCUCAGACACACGCUGCUGCGAGCUCUGCAAGUACGACUUCAUCAUGGAGACCAAGCUCAAACCCCUCCGGAAGUGGGAGAAACUGCAGAUGACCACGAGUGAGAGGAGGAAAAUAUUCUGCUCGGUCACAUUCCACGUCAUCGCCAUCACCUGCGUGGUGUGGUCCUUGUACGUCCUGAUAGACCGCACGGCGGAGGAGAUCAAACAAGGGAAUGACAAUGGUGUCCUUGAGUGGCCGUUCUGGACAAAGCUGGUGGUGGUGGCCAUUGGCUUCACCGGGGGCCUCGUCUUUAUGUACGUGCAGUGCAAGGUGUACGUGCAGCUGUGGCGACGGCUCAAGGCCUACAACCGUGUCAUCUUCGUGCAGAACUGCCCAGACACCGCCAAAAAGCUGGACAAGAGCUUCCCGUGCAGUGUGACGACGGACCGCAAGGACGCCGUGGUGGUGCCUGUGCCCCAGACAGGUCCAAGUUCACCACCAUCUGCCGAAGGCAGCCCGCCGGAAGUCAUACCAGUUUGAGAGGACGACUGGUUGGGAAAUUUUACUGAAGAACACCUUUCUAGCCCUCGGCCACUACAAGUGACAAAGGGAUCCUGAAUGUACUCACCCCAUUCCUCUCCUUUAUUCUGGACACAUUUUUCCUUCGUUGCUCAAAAAGGAAAGGAGAAAAACCGCAACGGACCAGGAUCCCGGGAAGCAGAGCC